AUGAUGAGGAACCUUUUCCUACUUUUGAAUAUCCUGGCGUUAACCCUGCCCUUUUUGGGUGCAGAGGUACAAAACCAAGAACAACCAACAUGCCAUGAAGAUGAUGAAAGAACUGUCAAUGAGAAAACAGUCAAGUUUAGUCCAAUUUAUAUACCAGAUCGCUAUUUCACAUCUAUUUUAUACCCAGCUAGGUCAGCAAUAGCAAAUAUCUAUCAAUAUCUUCCUUUGCCAUAUUAUUUAAAGCCAGUUGUAGUUAGGUCUCAUGCCCAAAUUUCUCAAAGGCAAAAUUUCCAACCACCUACUAUCGGGCGUCCUCAACACUUACAUCCAUCACUUUAUGUCAUUAGACCAAAGACUACUCAGGCUAGUACAGUUAUCCCUACCACUAACACUGCUGCAACUGUUGAACCUACAUUCGUUCCUACCACUGAACCAACAGAGCAAACUUCAGUCACUCCACAAGCUUCCUCAGAGUUCGCCAUUACAAGCACACCUGAGACUACCACAGUCCCAAUUACUUCAACUGUAGUUUAAGAAAACA